UAGCCUAGGACAGCCUAGGACAGGUAGUACUAGUACUAGUGCCGGUAGUAGUGAGUUGUAGCAGGGGGCUAAGGAACAAUACCUUGCUACUAAAACUAGUAAAAGUACAUGAUUGUAUUGAAUGGAAUAGUAUAAAAGUACAUGACUUGUACUUACUUUUAUUUUUUAGAAGUUCCUAGUGUCAGUGCCAGUGCACUAGUGCCGUGGUGUGUUUGUCGCGAAACAGUUUCAGCUAGUGAAGCGUGGAGAAAAUAUCCCACUACACCGCUACAUAAUCAUUGCCAGGACGCGUGCAAGUGCUGCUGCAUGCAGUGGAUCUCGGACAGACAGAGUUCAGGGCUCACUUUCUGACCAGCAGUACUCCUACUGCGAUUACUCCUGGAGCUCUCAGACUCUGGGAGCGUCGACAGGCGCUGAAGUCAGAGUGAGGUAUUGGACAAACAAAUCUCAGACUAGCAAAGGAUAACAAUGUCACAAGGAACUCCACCGAGGAACCCAGAUUUUCCUUUCAGGGAAGAGUUUGCUCGUACAAAGUUCUUUGCAACUCAGGAGAAUGCAGCAUGGCUGUCCAGCUCACCAUUUAUUCCGGAUAUCGCAUUGCUUGUUGUAAACUUCGUCUUUGCUGCGUUUUCGGUUGCCAUCAUAAUCUGGUCUGGAUCGAACGAAGGCAGUGCAAAGUGGUUCAUCUUUCUGACCAACUGGGGCUAUUUGAUGGUGGUACUGAGCUUCGUUGGUUUCGUCAUUGUGGGUGUUUUUCAGUUGUGGCGGCGCCGAUCUCUCCUCCUGCAGGGUAAGGUGGAUGAAGAACUCAGACAAGGUUUGGCAGUGUGGAACUGGCUGCAUGCACUGCAGCAGGUGAUCUUCUCCAUAGGUCUCGCUAGUAGCAUUCUCAUCACCAUUCUGUAUUACGCCCUGCUCAGUCCGCGAGGAGGUUUCCUGGAUGUGUCCGUCCAUGCCUUGAAUACGGUGCUUACCGUCAUUGCCAUUUGCCUUACUAACUUCAAGGUCAACGUCCUGCACUUCAUCUAUCCACUGGUCUUUGGCGUAGCGUAUUUGAUCUUCUCCGUCAUCUACACCCUGUCGGGUGGAACAAACACCCAGAAUCGGACGUAUAUCUAUUCUCCACUGGACUGGAACAGUAAGCCCGGUGGUGCCGCUGCCCUGUCCCUACCCGCCGUCUUGAUAGGUAUACCAGUGGUCCAUCUCAUCUGCUACGGUAUCAUGAAGCUCAGGGUGGCCAUUGCACGCCACGCGUGCAACAAGGUUGCACCUAGUGGAGGUGAUGGAAUCGCCAUGCGUCAUGUCUGAUGAGAGUUACUUGCUAUCAGCUCGGUACUCUACAUCUCUGGGCUUCAUACGCUUUCCUAGUUUUUGGAGCGAGUCCGGAAUUAUACCGUAUGGACGUCGCAGAACACUUCUACUUCUCCCAGCUACUUGACAUGGUAAAGUUGUGACUAACUCAGGCGGGCAUACGUGAUUCAAUAUAAAACGCUUGUCCAUGUAUUAGAAGUUCUGGAACAGUUGCAUAUGCAUGAAUCUUCUACAUGAUCAUUAUAGUAUUAGUGCUAUUCAUUUCUUCUUUGGUGUCUUAAUUCUGUUGAGGAUGCAUUGUUCAAUUAUUGUGCCUGUGACACCAGUCUGGCUGUCACUGGUACAUCCGGUUCUCGGUUUUCCGAAGUGUGAGUAUUGCCAGCUUUAUAACUUAUCCAUUAUAGCUCUUGAUCUGGUGAAACUAUCAUGCAAGAGCCCCAGAUCUGCUGGUUUGAUUCUGCAUUUUGAUUUUAGACGUUUAGCCCUUGAUCUGGUGAGACUGGCGUAUGUGAGUCCCAAAUCUGCUAAUUUUAGUUUUAAUUCAGUUCUAGCAUGAGAUCAUCCCUUUCUUUGCUGAUGUGCUACGUGGAGCUGCAAUCUAACUUCUUUUCUCAAUGCUGGAUCAUUGUUUUAGAGUGUACUCAAUGUUGAUGCUUUCUGUGAAUGAGGGAUCAUUUUUAUUGGUCUCUCUCGUUUCAUUAUGCUGCUAAUUCGGUUGCUCGAUUUCAAGACUGAAGUCUGUGGCAGG